ACAUCGCCUGCACAUCGUUAACAAGACGGACCUUCGUGGUUUGACUCCGGUGUGAUGGCGGGCCACGGCGAUAACUGUGAUUUUGGCGGUGGUGGCCGCAAUCUCGGUGGAGGUGGACGCGAGUAUGGAGGGCAUCGUGAUUAUGAAAGAGGAGGAUACCGCGGAUACGGGAGCGAUCGAGGGGAUAGUGGAGACAGGGGACAUGAUGGAGACCGUAGGGCUGGAGGCGAGCGGAGCUUCGAUCGGGGCCUUCGGAGAGGUCCUUUGAUUUGCUUCAAUUGCGACGAGCCGGACCACUAUGCCAAUCAGUGCCCACAUCUGAGACGGAACGGGCACCUGCCGACGUGGACUAACCGGGGGGGGUCCAGUCCUCCGAGUAGACCAAGCCUUAGCAGGUGGCAACAGUCAGACCCGUUGGAAUCGAAGGUAGCUGAGAUUGGGAAGAGUGUCGCUGCAGUGUGCCGAUUCGUAGAAUUGGAGCAGCAGAAGAAUGCGGCUAAGGAGCGCAGGAAAGCUGAGAGGAAAGAAGCUGAGGAACGGGCUGAGGCAGAACGAGCGGCAACCUUACUUAGCAAGCAGAAGAAGGAGGAGAAAGCUCGUAAGGAAGCCGAGAUCAAGGAAGAACUGCACAAGAGUUUGGAUGUCAGGAUGGUUGUACGGGUUGGUGAAUUACGGGACGACGUACGUGAGGACGUCCGACAGGAGAUUCGUGAGGCGAUAGGAGAAUUGUGCUUGGCGGUAUCUCGCGGCAAGCAGAAGAAAGUGGACCCCGCGGUGCCGGCGGAGGGGAGCAGCGCUAGCAGCAGUGAGGCGGAGGAGUUGAACCUGCUGACCCGGAGAUUGAGUAUCUCUGAGAAGAGAAACCGUGGACCGGAGGUAGUGUUUGAAGGCAGCCCCCCAAUGGAGGUGCCACCUAAGCGCACGCCGAAACGGGGGUUGCGACCGACCAGGAUCUCAGGGAGGUUAACGAGGUCCAAAGCGCGUAUGCAGAAGACCAUCACACCAAGGAAGAUGUCGCCGUCCAUUCGUAAAAAUAUUCCCGCAGCCAUCGGGAUUGUCGGAAGACUGAAGUUUGAGAAACGAGUGUUGAGUGACCUCAAGAACCUGGAUGCUCUUGUCCUGCAGAAUAUCUGCAAGGAUGAGGGCAUACCAUAUAAUGGUAAGUUUGAAGCCAUAUUUGAUAUUGCAGCACAUCGUACACACGUGGCGUAUGGUACAAACGAUGACGAAGAUACGACCGAGACACCGGUGGUGUGCACCGAGGUACCCGCCGAGGCUGAGGAAGUCGAUGAAAAUGCUUGAUGCAUUUUCAGUAUUGCUGACUUGUGGUGUAUCGUUCACUGCCUUACGAACUUGCGUUCUUUACUAG